AUGCGAUAUAAAGGUUCUAGUUUUGGAUCAAGUGAAUUUACUACAAUAGAGAAUGAUCAAUCUGUCUUGAGCCAUAAUAGUGCAGAGAAGAAUGUAAUUGAUUCUCUUCCUAUUUUAAAUAGGGAUGGAUUUGGCCCUCUUACAAUUGUAGCAACAAGUUUAAAUAAUAAAUUUCAGAAACGUGUGUAUUCAGGAACCUUUGAAAUUCCCAUCUAUGGUAGAAACUCACAUAUAGUUUUUUACGAAAUUGAAACAAAAAAUUUCAUAUUAAUUUGGAUUGAGAAACAUUUUGUUGGAGAUGUAAUUGCUAACUCUGGAACAGUCUUUAUCGAAUCUGGUAAUGAUAUCUUUUGUUUGAAUGACUUGGAACUCAGAAAAAAAAAUGGAGAUAUCAUUUCAACUGAGUGUCCAUGGGGUGCACAAAUAUUUCUUGAAAAUGAUAUUAGUAACUUCAAAUUCUCUCCGGAAUCUAUUAGGUGUUUCAAACCACAAGAACCUCCGGCUGAUUGGAAUCCAAUAACUUCUACUAUUUUCCCUUCAAAUAAGAAUUAUGUUGAACUAAUUAAACUUCUGAAAUCCAACGUUUCCAGAUCAGAUGAAGCUGCAUUUUCAAAUAUACAAGAAGAUGGCACUCCUACAGCUCUUCUUUUCAUAAUUGAUGAUAAAUAUAUGACGUUAUUUUUGCCAGAGAACUUUUCUUAUUCAUAUGACAAAGAAACAUUUACAGUUUUUAGAUCUGAUGGAUCAUAUUAUGAUGUUCAUAAAGGAAUUUUUAGAACGGAAAGCGGACUCGAAAUUGUAACCAAUGCUCCUUGGGGGAAAAAACUGAAUUUUGAUGAAAAUUUGGUCAGGAUAUCCAAUAAUAUCAACGAAAUAUUAAAUUCAUUCGUUAUCCCCUCCAUAGUAGUAGGCAAUUAUGGUGAUUUCCCUGUUAAAAAACGAGAAAAAUUCCUUUCAAAAAAGAUAAAAAGUGCAUAUCAAAGAUUAAAAGGAUCAAAUUAA